AUGUCACCAAUUACUCGUAGCAAAACAAGUCCAAGACGUUGGUUAUAUCCAGUAUUUCCAACUUUAGCAGAACUAGAUGAUGCUUUUCUAUUAGCUGUAUUGCGUAUACAAAAAGAUGCUCAAAAAUUACUUGGCGCUGAAAAAGCAUCAUCUAGUUCUGCUAAAGUUGGAAAUACUGGAUAUAACCAACCAGAACUAGAUGAUGCUUUUCUAUUAGCUGUAUUGCGUAUACAAAAAGAUGCUCAAAAAUUACUUGGCGCUGAGUUAACUGCACUAGAAAUCAGGCAAAAACUUUAUAAUAGCCAGUCACAAGAAUUCUGGCUGGUUAAUAAUUUCGAUGCUUUACACGAAGUUAUGUAUUAUAAAAUGAAAAAAAAUUUAUUUACCAAUUAUAAAGAUCAAUUAACAGCUGCUGGAAUAGAAGUUACAAAAAAAAUAAAUAAUAGUGAAAGCAGUUGUAGUUAUUUUGGUAGCACAGUUGGUGACAAUUACACUUGCAGUAAUAACAAUGGUGAUGGUGAUGGUGAUAAGAAUAGAAACAAUGACACUAUUGAAUUAAUAAGAGAACAAUCUUCAUUUUAUACUGAGACACACCAUAAAUUUCAAAAUUAUAUAAAGAAUUUUAUUUGUAAAAUUGAUUAUUCGUAUUUAAAAAGUUUAGGAACAAAAACAAAUCUAUUUAUUAUAAUAGUGUUGAUUAUAAUUUUUUUUAACGACUUUGGUGGUACAAAUUAUUAUUAUCAACAGUUUACUACUGGUCAUCAUCAACACAAAGGGUCAUUAAAUAAUGUUCAACUUCGUGACAAGGUAAAAGAACGAGUUAUAAAGUAUGCUGAGCAAGAGAUUUCAAAAAGAACUCACAAUUUAGCCAACAACAAUAAUAAACCGAAUGAUCUUAUUGGUUUAGUUAGAACACAAAUAUCUGAGGAACUAGAAGAUAAGUUAACAAAGAUUGUUCAUGGGUCAAGUACUGAUUAUGCUUUAUUUACAAGUGGUGCACAAAUUAUAAGUCAACUAACAUCAAGAGUUUAUCAAGAAUGGCCAAGAAAAAUGCACCAGAAACUAUGGGGUUAUUUAACACAUCAAAACAUUAUAAAAAGUCGUGAACCUGAUGUAGUGUUAAAACCAAAUACCAAUGUUGGUGAGUGUUGGUGUUUCAAUGGUACAAAAGGUCAAAUUGCCAUAAAAUUAUCUAGAAAUAUUGUUUUCACUCAAUUGGCACUAUAUCAUAUUGGCAGAAAUGUUUCAAUUGAUCCAAUCAGUUCUGUUCCAAAAGAUUUUGAAUUGUGGGGAUUACCUUCAGACAAUGAAGAAGAUGAUUCAGUAUAUUUUUAG